AUGCUAACAAAAGUGCUGUUCGUGGCCAACGCCCUCCUCCAAUUCGUGCUCCUGAAGGGUUUCCUCGGCGUCGACACAUUUUUCUGGGGACUACAGGUGUUCAACGACAUUUGCUCGGGGCGGGAAUGGCCGCAGAGUGGCAAUUUUCCUAGGGUAACUUUCUGCGACUUUGAAGUGCGUGUGCUCGGAAAUCUUCAUCGCCACUCGGUGCAGUCGUGUAUUCCCUGUUCUACUGGCUCUCCACCGCCUUCACCACGUCCUAUGGAAAGGAAGGUGGUCCGGCAUUAUAUUGAGAAGAUCGAUCCUCCAACUGGCGAUGCCGAGUACGACCACCACAAAAGGCAGCUCGAGGAGUUUGUCGUGGAUAAGCUGCGUACGGACGGAGUGUUUGUACUCAGGCUGAUCAUGACGUUGUGGCAAGAUUUUGUGAAGGAACGCGGCAGCCGUCCCCCACCUUACGAGAAGCCCAAACUCCUCCAGGGUGGUCUCCUUCCCGAGAAGGACCAAGAGAGCGCCUUU